GGACGGUCGGACGGACGCGGACGGACGCGGCCCCUCCCUGCCGCCGCCGCCCGCCCGGGGCUCCCACCUCGCCGGCGCCGGGCCCGGGAGCGAUGACAUCGACGGGGAAGGACGGCGGCGGGGCGCAGCACGCGCAGUAUGUGGGGCCCUACCGGCUGGAGAAGACGCUGGGCAAGGGGCAGACAGGCCUCGUGAAGCUGGGGAUUCACUGUGUCACGUGCCAGAAGGUGGCCAUCAAAAUUGUCAACCGGGAGAAGCUCAGCGAGUCUGUGUUGAUGAAGGUGGAGCGGGAGAUUGCCAUCCUGAAGCUCAUCGAACACCCUCACGUUCUAAAGCUGCACGAUGUUUAUGAAAACAAAAAAUAUUUAUACCUGGUGCUAGAACACGUGUCUGGUGGAGAGCUCUUCGACUACCUUGUCAAGAAGGGCAGGCUGACCCCCAAAGAGGCUCGGAAGUUCUUCCGACAGAUCAUCUCUGCGCUAGACUUUUGCCACAGCCACUCCAUAUGCCACAGGGAUCUGAAGCCAGAAAACCUUCUACUGGAUGAGAAGAACAACAUCCGAAUCGCGGAUUUCGGCAUGGCGUCGCUGCAGGUUGGCGACAGCCUGCUGGAGACCAGCUGCGGGUCCCCCCACUACGCCUGCCCCGAGGUGAUCCGGGGGGAGAAGUAUGACGGCCGCAAGGCGGACGUGUGGAGCUGCGGCGUGAUCCUGUUCGCCCUGUUGGUGGGGGCUCUGCCCUUUGACGACGACAACCUGAGGCAGCUGCUGGAGAAGGUGAAGCGGGGUGUUUUCCACAUGCCGCACUUCAUCCCGCCCGACUGCCAGAGCCUGCUGCGCGGCAUGAUCGAGGUGGACGCGGCCCGGCGCCUCACGCUAGAGCACAUUCAGAAACACAUAUGGUAUAUAGGGGGCAAGAACGAGCCGGAGCCGGAGCAGCCCAUCCCCCGCAAGGUGCAGAUCCGCUCGCUGCCCAGCCUGGAGGACAUCGACCCCGACGUGCUGGACAGCAUGCACUCGCUGGGCUGCUUCCGGGACCGCAACAAGCUGUUGCAGGACCUGCUGUCCGAGGAGGAAAACCAGGAGAAAAUGAUCUAUUUCCUUCUCCUGGACCGGAAAGAAAGGUACCCGAGCCAUGAGGACGAGGACCUGCCCCCCAGAAACGAAAUAGACCCUCCUCGGAAGCGUGUGGACUCCCCAAUGCUGAACCGGCAUGGCAAGCGGCGGCCGGAACGCAAGUCCAUGGAGGUGCUCAGCGUGACAGACGGCGGCUCCCCGGUGCCCGCGCGGCGGGCCAUCGAGAUGGCCCAGCAUGGCCAGAGUAAAGCAAUGUUCAGUAAAAGCCUGGAUAUCGCUGAAGCCCACCCCCAAUUCAGCAAAGAAGACAGGUCCAGGUCUAUCAGCGGCGCCUCCUCGGGCCUCUCCACCAGCCCGCUGAGCAGCCCCCGGGUGACCCCUCACCCCUCUCCAAGGGGUAGUCCCCUCCCCACCCCUAAGGGGACGCCCGUGCACACGCCCAAGGAGAGCCCGGCAGGCACACCCAACCCCACGCCACCGUCCAGCCCCAGCGUCGGAGGGGUGCCCUGGAGGACACGGCUUAACUCCAUCAAGAACAGUUUCCUGGGGUCACCUCGCUUCCACCGCCGGAAAUUGCAGGUUCCAACACCCGAGGAGAUGUCCAACCUGACCCCGGAGUCGUCCCCAGAGCUCGCCAAGAAGUCGUGGUUUGGGAACUUCAUCAACCUGGAGAAGGAGGAGCAGAUCUUCGUGGUUAUCAAGGACAAGCCCUUGAGCUCCAUCAAAGCCGACAUUGUUCACGCCUUCCUGUCGAUCCCCAGCCUCAGCCACAGCGUCAUCUCCCAGACCAGCUUCCGGGCUGAGUAUAAGGCGACAGGGGGCCCGGCGGUGUUCCAGAAGCCGGUCAAGUUCCAGGUGGACAUCACCUACACCGAGGGCGGGGCAGCGCAGAAGGAGAAUGGCAUCUAUUCUGUCACAUUCACGCUCCUGUCAGGCCCGAGCCGCCGCUUCAAGAGGGUCGUGGAGACCAUUCAGACCCAGCUACUGAGCACACACGACCAGCCCUCCGCCCAGCAUUUGUCAGACACCACUAACUGUAUGGAAAUGAUGACGGGGAGGCUUUCCAAAUGUGGCAGCCCAUUGAGUAACUUCUUUGACGUAAUUAAACAACUUUUUUCAGACGAGAAGAACGGGCAGGCGGCCCAGGCCCCCAGCACGCCCGCCAAGCGGAGUGCCCACGGCCCACUCGGUGACUCCGCGGCCGCUGGCCCCGGCCCUGGAGGGGACGCCGAGUACCCAACGGGCAAGGACACGGCCAAGACGGGGCCGCCCGCCGCCCGCCGCGAGCAGCCUUAGACACAUAGCCCCCUCCCCCAGCACGGCCCUGACAGUGGCCCCCAAGGCCGCCCCGCCGCCCGCCCGCCCGCCGCCGCCCGCCCGCCCGCGUGGACCCGGGGCCGCGCCCGUCCGCCCGGCUAGACUGUUGCGGAGCCGGGGAGGAAAGGAAAGGGGGCACCGGGGGCCAGCGCCUGCGGCGGGGCCCGCCCGUGCUCGCUCUUUCUCUCACUGUCUCUCUCUCUGCCUGCCUCUGACAACGCCACUGUUUCCGCUCUGAUACCAGGAAUUAUCCCGAAAAGUUAACAUGUCACCUCCACGAGGCCGUCCUCUGUGCUCCGCGCCGGACACCGGCUGACCGAAGGCAGCUGCCGCGGACCCGCCCUCUCUCGUCUCCUGCUGCUGCCGCCCGCGGCGAGGCCCCGCCCACCCGCGCGCC